AUGCACAUCAUUUGUGACUUGGAAGGAGAAGAGAAAGCAUUCCUUACGACCCCGCCCAGGCUUUCAUCCGGCACCGGCGGCAUCCUCCUUCUCUCCCCCAUCUAUGGUGGCGGCGGCGGCGGAAGCCGAGGCUGCGGCGUUGCCCUGAACAGUGGCGGCGGCCUCCCGACCCCCUCGGCCGCCGCCUCCUCCUCCUCCUCGGCGCUGGCGGCGGCAGUGGCGGUGGUGGCCCCGCCGGGGGUCGCGGGUGUCCCCGGCGGGGCGGCGGCGGGUUUGAAGCUCAAGUACUGCCGCUACUACGCCAAGGAUAAGACUUGCUUCUACGGGGAGGAGUGUCAGUUCCUGCAUGAGGACCCGGCCGCUGGGGCCGUCCCGGGCCUCGGCCUCCAUAGCAACAGCGUCCCCCUGGCUCUGGCGGGCGCGCCCGGGGCCGGCUUUCCGCCCGGAGCCGUCCCGGGCGGGGGAGCCGGGCCGCCGCCGCCGCCGCCAGGACCCAAGAAGCCGGAGCUCGGGGCGCCUGGGCCUCCGGCCGCGGGCGGCGGAGGCGGCAGCAGCGGGGGACUCGAUGGACCGCGGCUGCAAAGAAUGACUAAUAGUAACAGCUCCCCAAGCCUUCUGAAUGACAGUGCCAAGCCAUAUGCAGGCCAUGAUCCUUUAACUUCACCUGCUUCAUCCUUGUUUAAUGACUUUGGUGCCCUCAACAUCUCUCAGAGAAGAAAGCCAAGGAAGUAUCGCCUGGGGAUGCUGGAGGAGAGGCUAGUACCGAUGGGAUCAAAGGCACGAAAAGCAAAGAACCCUAUUGGCUGCCUUGCUGACAGGUGUAAAUCAGGAGUACCAAUCAAUAUGGUUUGGUGGAAUAGAGUCACAGAAAACAAUUUACAGACACCAAAUCCUACUGCAAGCGAGUUUAUUCCUAAAGGAGGAACAGCCUCCAGGCUGAGUAACGUGCCCCAGUUAAAUAUGUCUGCCUUCUCUCAAGUGUUCUCUCACCCAUCCAUGGGAAGCCCUGCUACUGCUGGAUUAGCACCAGGAAUGUCAUUGUCUGCUGGAUCUUCCCCUUUUCAUUCCCCCAAGAUAACUCCGCAUACAUCACCUGCUCCCAGAAGAAGAAGUCAUACUCCAAAUCCAGCCAAUUAUAUGGUGCCUUCUAGUGCCUCUACACCUGUUAAUAAUCCUGUUUCUCAGACUUCGUCUUCUGGUCAGGUGAUCCAGAAGGAAACUGUAGGUGGAACGACUUACUUCUAUACGGACACAACGCCAGCACCUUUGACUGGAAUGGUAUUUCCAAACUAUCAUAUUUAUCCUCCAACUGCACCUCAUGUUGCUUAUAUGCAACCAAAAGCAAAUGCACCUUCCUUCUUCAUGGCUGAUGAACUCCGACAGGAGCUGAUCAACAGACAUUUAAUAACGGCUCAAAUUGAUCAAGCAGAUAUGCCAGCAGUCCCCAUAGAAGUUGACAGCUACCAUAGCCUGUUCCCUCUAGAACCACUGCCACCACCCAACCGGAUACAGAAAUCAAGUAAUUUUGGGUACAUUACAUCUUGCUACAAAGCUGUAAAUAGCAAAGAUGAUCUGCCAUAUUGCCUUCAGAGGAUACACGGUUUCCGUCUUGUUAAUACAAAGUGCAUGGUGUUGGUUGAUAUGUGGAAAAAAAUUCAGCAUUCAAAUAUUGUCACCUUGCAUGAAGUAUUUACCACUAAAGCAUUUGCAGAGCCUUCUCUUGUGUUCGCAUAUGAUUUCCAUGCGGGAGGAGAAACUAUGAUGAGCAGACACUUCAAUGACCCUAACGCUGAUGGCUAUUUCACCAAGAGAAAGUGGGGCCAACACGAUGGACCACUGCCCAGACAGCAUGCUGGAUUAUUGCCAGAAUCACUUAUCUGGGCAUAUAUUGUCCAGCUAAGUUCUGCAUUGCGUACCAUUCAUACAGCAGGUUUGGCAUGCCGGGUUAUGGACCCAACGAAGAUUCUGAUAACUGGCAAAACGAGGCUGCAAGUAAAUUGUGUUGGCAUUUCUGAUGUUUUAACCUUUGAUAACAGUCAGAAUAAUAAUCCCUUGGCAUUGAUGGCUCAAUACCAGCAAGCAGAUCUGAUAUCAUUAGGAAAAGUUGUGUUGGCUUUGGCUUGCAACUCUUUGGCAGGAAUUCAGCGAGAGAAUUUACAGAAAGCCAUGGAACUGGUGACAAUCAACUACUCUUCUGACCUGAAGAAUCUGAUUUUGUAUCUGUUGACUGACCAAAACCGGAUGCGAAGUGUAAAUGACAUCAUGCCUAUGAUUGGUGCUCGAUUUUAUACCCAAUUGGAUGCUGCUCAAAUGAGAAAUGAUGUCAUAGAGGAAGACCUGGCAAAGGAAGUUCAAAAUGGAAGACUGUUUAGGCUUCUAGCAAAAUUGGGAACAAUCAAUGAGAGGCCGGAGUUUCAGAAGGAUCCUACGUGGUCAGAGACUGGAGACCGUUAUCUGUUGAAACUCUUUAGGGAUCAUCUCUUUCAUCAGCUAGAUGCUGGUGUGCCAGAAAAAAUAAGCCUCAUUUCCAGAGAUGAGAAGAGUGUACUUGUGGUGACUUACAGUGACUUAAAGCGCUGCUUCGAAAAUACUUUUCAAGAACUAAUUGCAGCUGCAAAUGGUCAGUUGUAGUAUUUGCUUAAAAAGCACGCAGGACCUUGCUAAGGAACUUAACCAAUAGCAGAUUGCACUACAGCUGAACUGUUUUCAUCAUCUCAUUUCACACUUGGGAAACAAACAGGAGAUGAGCGAAGCUGCUUGCACUUCAGUCGGGUACACUGUUACUUGAAAGGAAGAAUGUUUCACUUCUCCUAGAGCUCUGGCUGCCAUUGGAGGCUAUAUUCUGUGAAGAAUUUAUUUUAGAUUAAGGAACACCAUCAGGUGAAUGAUGUUCCUGCUUUUAUUUUUUCCACUUGUAUAUGCACUAAUUUUAAUUUUUUAAAGACUUUUUUUGAGAUCUUUGAACUUUUGCCACAUUGUAUACUUAUUAAGGAAAACUAUUUGCAAGGACAUUUUUGGGAAACAAUGCUGGGCAGCAUUUUUGUCACCGAGGGUUGCAGAAUUUGCUCUUUUGGGGAUGGGUUGCCCUGAAUAACAUAAUGGACCAGGUAAAUAAUUUUCAUAGAAAUACAGUACAGUGCAUAAUUCUUGUGAGAGUAUUUGUAUGCAAGCUCUGUAUGCCACCCACUGUUAGCUCAAAUUGAGAUUUUUGUUUUGUUUUGUUUUUAAGAGCACACAAAGAGAAAUAUCAGUGAAUUGUUGGGCGUGAAUUCCCCUAAUAGUUGAUUUAAAUCAUUUCUGAGUAAGGACUGGAUAAGCCGUAACCAAAGGAGCACGUAAUAGCUCUUUGCUCCAAAUUCAGCCAAACCUUUAAAAAAAAAAAAAAAGUAUGUUUCCCUGCUAGUCAGAUGCAUUUACAUUUAUGCAAUUUUUUUAAUAGAAAAAGAAAAAAUCCUAAGAAAUUGUGUUAAAAGCCUGAAGUUCAGGAGUAUAUUACUUUAGGUUAUCUACAGUUUGCUUUUUUUGUAUAAAGUUCUGUUCUUUGAACCACAGCUUUAUUAUGGUACUUUAUACUGGACACAGAUACAAAAGACACUGUUGAGAAGAUUAACUAAACACAGCAGUGGUCUGGCAUCAAGAGCUUUCUGAAGUUUUGACAGUCUGAAUCUGGAGGGAUAACAAUCUGCUGUGCCUUUGCAGUCACUGCUUAGCCCAAAGUAAGAGUACUUUUGAUAAUAACUCACUAUGUGGGAUAUUCCUGAAUAAGUCAAUCUCAAAGGUUUGCGAUUUUCCUCCUCUUAACUUUCUUAAUAUUUGGACAUGCAAUUGUCGCCAAACUUGGGUAUUCGUGGAAUUUAUAGUUAAUGAAAUACCUAUACUUUGAUACUGAAGACUGCCAAAUACA